ACCUUAGUUGACGAGGUGUGCGUAAGAGGAGGUCGGGAUAUUUUGAGCUCUUCCAAACUCUUAAGAGACAUCUGAUGACGGAGGAUACACUGCUGGAAAUGUGGAAUAGAGGAGACUCAGAGAAGGAGUCCUGCGUGGAUCAAGAAAGGGAAUCUCAGGCACGCAAAAAACUAUCCCAUUCGAUUGAAGAAAUACUGAGGAGGCCCACAUGUGUCAGAAAAGAUAAAAUAGCUCAGCGUAACUGGUCUGUUAUCAAGGAGAACACCAGAAUAUCUAAUCAGCUCUCAGUAGAAACUCCACAAAUCAGACGACUUGAAGAGUCUCCAAAAGCCACGACAGACUGCAUGCGUGAGAGGAAAAAGAGGCAAACCAGGGUCACUUUCACGCCGUUCCAGGUGCAGGAGAUGGAGAAAGUCUUCCAGCAGACUCACUACCCAGAUGUCAACGCCAGAGACCAGUUAGCCUCUCGGCUGCACCUCACCGAGGGCCGAAUACAGAUUUGGUUCCAGAACCGCAGAGCAAAAUGGAGGAAGGCUGAAACACUGAAGGAUAUAGAGCUGAUGGCCAGUCAACGCAUACAGUCAGCCAGUCAUCCCCUGCUUUAUUAUGAGCUCUUACAGAAGCCCCAGCUGCAGGCGGAGUGCUGGCUGCCGUGCUGCUUACCUAAACCCCUCCAAUCAAGGCUGUUCCUAAGAGCGAGAUCAACUCCCGCCCCGCUGACCGACACACAUUCUGCAGAUCAUAGGACUCUGUAUUUUGACCCGCUGGGGACAGACAGAUAUAAAUGAUGACACUGUUGUGUCAAAGCGUUUUACAUUGCACAUCAUGGUGCAAAGAUCAUGAGUUUCUGGUGAUACACAAAACAACUACAGUCUGUAAUAUGUAACAUUUAAUAACUGUUUGCUUGAGCUUUCAACUGUGUUCUCUACACUGUGUUGUCAUCCUGAAAGAAAGUUCGCAACUGGAUUUUUUUUUUUUUUCAUUUACCAAUAAAGUUGACAUUCAAAAUGAA